UAGAAAUCAUAGUUACAUGUAAUGCAACAAAUUACAAGCCUUUCCUUUUCCGUUGGUUCCCUUGUCCGUGUUGUCUGAGAGUGAGGACCCUUUCCUUCUCCUCUGCAUCAGCACCAAGCUGACCAACAAUCCUUCUUCUUCUUCUUCCCAAUUUCCAAUGUGAAGAGAGUGUUUGUGAGAAAGAGCAGUGAAGAUGGCUUCUAGGAUUCUGGGUUCGAAGUCGAGUUCACUGGCGGUGUGUAACAAAUUGUGGCGGUUUUCUUACUCCUCUGUGGCUGUGGCAGCUGCUAAACCAGCAGAGAACGUGGCUCUGAAGGAUUAUGCCGAUUACAGAAGAUCCCUUUAUGGCCAAAUCACUCACAAGGCCCUUCUCGUUGAUGCUGUUGGCACCCUUGUUCUUCCUUCUCAACCCAUGGCCGAGAUAUAUAGGAAGAUUGGGGAGAAGUAUGGGGUAAACUACUCAGAGGAUGAGAUAUUGAACAGAUACAGAAGAGCUUAUGGCCAGCCAUGGGGUAAAUCUCGUCUCAGAUAUGUUAAUGACGGCAGGCCCUUCUGGCAAUACAUAGUUAGUUAUUCUACCGGGUGUUCAGAUUCUCAAUACUUUGAAGAACUUUAUAACUACUAUAUGACAGACAAGGCAUGGCACCUCUGUGAUCCUGAUGCAGAAGAAGUUUUCAAAGCUCUUAGAAAAUCAGGUGUAAAAUUGGCUGUUGUGUCAAAUUUUGAUACUCGGUUAAGACCUCUUCUGAGGGCAUUGAAAUGUGAUAACUGGUUUGAUGCAGUUGCUGUUUCAGCUGAGGUUGCAGCCGAGAAGCCAAAUCCAACUAUAUUUCUUAAAGCAUGUGAACUAUUGGGCGUAAAACCUGAGGAUGCUGUUCAUGUUGGCGAUGAUCGUAGAAAUGAUAUAUGGGGUGCCAGAGAUGCUGGCUGUGAUGCUUGGCUUUGGGGAAGCGAUGUUCACUCCUUUAAGGAGGUAGCAGAAAGGAUUGGUGUUCAGGUCUGAAAUAGGGCUUCUCUUUGCAAUAAGUGGGAGAAUGCUAUGCAUAGUGUGCUUUAGGCUUUGUUUAUUAGGUUGUGUAUGUAUGGAAGAGAUGUGAGCAUGUAACAAAUGAAAACCAGAAAUGGAAGGUGGUGUAGGUUGGAGCUUCUUGAAAAUGGAUCCCCUCCUGCACUUUUAUAAGCAA